CUCUGGUUUUACGCCGGUUGGCACCUGAAACCGCUCUUCUCUCCCAUUAUAACCCAACACCUGCUCUCUCUGUCUGUCUCUCUCUCUCUCUCCCUCUAAGUUUCCUCUUUCGUCUUCUCUUCCCCUAGAUUCUCUCUCCAUGACUUUCAACGAUCAUAUUCAUAGUACAUUAAUAGCUCUCAACUCAGCCUGCAUGCAUCUUGCUUCUGGAAACUUAUCUUCCAUAUAAAUUUACUCUUCCCGCUAAAUGUGUACUCGUCCCGCUCCUUUAAUCCCCAAGACAUAAGAAACUGUCCUGUGUCCUAGCUAGCCAGCGACCCAGUCAGUCAGCCAGCUUCGCCAUUCUCGUAUCUCUUCCUUUGAAAAUACUGUUCUGUUUAUUUUCUUUCCUUGAGAUACACCCAAACAGUGGACUGGAUCACUGGCUCUUGGUAACGCUCAAGUCCGCUGGUGAUUUCAGUUUCGAGCUUUUAUUGUGUACAUAUUGAGAACUGCGAGGUCGCUGAAGGCUCCAGUGAAAGUUCAAAGCAAACAAUGGCUCGGGCUACUAACUGGCUAUCGUUUUCGUUGUCGCCGAUGGAAAUGCUGAGGUCUACCAACUCGCAGUACCUUCAAUAUGACGGCGCUUCUGCUGCUCCUCACUACUUCAUCGAUAACUUCUAUGCCAAUGGGUGGUCGAACCCCAAGCCCCAGGUGCUGUACAGCCAAGUAGAGCUAGACGAAGGCAAAGAAAGUCAAGCUGCACAGAACAUGGUUGAAUCAUCAUUUCACCCAGGUUUCAUGGAACCCCAGAAUCAUGACCAGCCAGUGCCGAAACUCGAGGAUUUUCUGGGCGAUUCUUCCUCGUCUAUCAUGCGUUACUCUGAUAGCCAAACGGAUACUCAAGAUUCGUCGACCCUUACCCAUAUUUACGACCAGGGCUCGACCUACUUCAGUGACCAGCAAGAUCUGAAGGCGAUCGCCGGGUUCCAAGCUUUCUCCACCAACUCGGGCUCCGAAGUGGAUGACUCGGCAUCCAUCGGCAAAACUCAGGCCGCCUCCGGCGAGUUUGCGGCUCACUCGUUAGAGUCAUCCAGGCACGAGCUGGCUUUCUCAAGCGGCACCACCACUGGCACCUUGUCCCUCGGCGUCACCACCCCACGAUGUGCCGAUCAGAAAACCAUUGUUCCUGUGGAUUCCGAUAGCUCCAAGAAGAUAGCCGAUACUUUUGGCCAAAGAACUUCGAUUUACAGAGGUGUCACCAGACACCGAUGGACUGGUAGAUAUGAAGCGCAUCUAUGGGAUAACAGCUGUAGGAGAGAAGGUCAGGCGAGAAAAGGGCGUCAAGUCUAUUUGGGUGGUUACGACAAAGAAGACAAGGCCGCAAGAGCUUAUGAUUUGGCAGCUCUAAAGUACUGGGGCCCCACUGCCACCACCAACUUCCCUGCUUCCAAUUAUGCAAAGGAAAUGGAGGAGAUGAAGCAUGUAACAAAGCAGGAAUUUAUCGCGUCGCUGCGAAGGAAAAGUAGCGGAUUUUCCCGGGGAGCUUCUAUAUAUAGGGGCGUAACAAGGCAUCACCAACAAGGUAGAUGGCAAGCAAGAAUUGGCCGUGUGGCAGGGAACAAGGAUCUGUACCUUGGAACAUUCGCCACUGAAGAAGAAGCAGCUGAGGCGUAUGAUAUCGCGGCCAUUAAGUUCAGGGGUGCGAACGCUGUGACCAACUUUGAGAUGAGUAGGUAUGACGUUGAAGCCAUCAUGAACAGUUCUCUUCCAAUUGGUGGGGCAGCGAAACGCUUGAAGCUUUCGCUUGAAUCCGAGCAGAAAGCAACUCUGAACAAUAAUAGCCAGCAAAUCCAAAGUAACAGCAUCAACUUCUCACCAAUUCAGGCUGUCCCCUCCGUCCCUUGUGGAAUUCCAUUUGAUCCUGCUGCUGCGUACUAUCAUCACAACCUCUUGAACCAUUUUCGUCCUUCCAAUGCCGGCGCCGCAGAAUCUGCUGUAUCUAAUCCUUCUGCAACUCCAUUUCCUGCCAUGCCUGCACCUUCUGAGUUCUUCAUAUGGCCUCCUCAUCAGUCAUAUUGACUUGUGAUGGAGGGGGGGUUAUCUAUGCUUUCUGUUGACAAAAGCAAAAGCUAUAGCAAGUCUCUGGCACAAUUCAGCUGACCCGCCUCUGAGCUCUCUGACACCAUUUAAUUCAUCUUUUUACUGGGAAGAAAGGAAGUUUAGGAGGUUUUUGUGUUUCCCCUUGGAAGGCUAGAGUCUUAGUUACUGUCGGAAGCUGGAUUAUGUAUUGUAAAGUAACUUCGCCAAGACGGAAAAUUUAGUCGUGUAGUGUUGCACAGGUACUUCUGAAUGCUUAACUUGCUGGUGCUGUAGUAUGAAUAUGAACUUUCCGUUAUUCCCAAUUCCUAUAAUAUUUUUAUAUA